AUGGAAGAUGAGCUUUCAGGCGACUUGCUGGGCAACGUCUUACGACCACCUUCACUGCGCGUUAGCAGAAGUUCGAGGACCAGCCGAUCAGUUUCAAGUCCUCAUGGGUCUCCAUCGUUCAGGAGGCAGCAUUCUCUGACCGUGAGGACUCCAAGGAAGGAUGAAGACUCCAGUUUACUGUUCCGGUGGUUUUACUGGUUGCCGAGAUAUUUCAAUCGGAGGUUACCGUGGGUGUUUCUCAUCGCACUUUGGGUCUUUCUGGUUUUUAAGGUGUACUCUAAGGAUCCGGCCACAAUUGAGAACGUGAUAGCGGAAGAUGGUGAGGAAUUGAGACGACAUGUUGCAUUGAGGAGUCGAAGUGACGAGAAUUCCGUGAAGUCGGGGCUGUCGAGACUGGCUAGAGAUUGGAUCUGGCUGGGCUACAUGAAGAAGAACAGGACCGCUCCUCUUUUGCCAGGGACUGCUCAAGUCGAGUCUAAUAUUAUCGAGCACCGAAGGACUUUCCAGUACAUACAAAAUUCGUCCGACAUGAAUUUCAAGAGGUUUCAAGCUCUGCAAUCUGGAGAUUACUUUCUUGGUAGAGUUGUCGGCCCUUACGACGAAUUGGAACAGAAGUUUCUGGGAAUGUCGACCGAGAAGAAGACACCAGCUCGAACAUGCAGCUCAGACGAAGGCCGUUUCAAGGAGUUCGCGAGCGGCAAACGUGUAGUCGUGCUAAUGCACGAACUCUCGAUGACUGGAAGUCCUCUGGCAAUGAUGGAGCUUGCGAGCGAGAUAAUUGGUUGCGGUGGAAAAGUCUCCGUGGUGGUUCUUGAUAGAAGAGGUGGUCUACUAAACGAGCUCGUUCAAAGAAGAAUUCCCGUUCUGGCAGACAAGGCAGCAAAGAGCUGGAGGGCAGCAGCAAAGGCCGAUCUCGUCAUCGCUGGCUCAGCUCUAUGUGCCUCAUGGAUUGGUACGAUAAGCUUGCAGUUUAUGACUCGCGGGGUUGACUGA